AUGGUGUGGACGCCGGAGGAGGAUGCCAAGCUGCUGAGGAUGGUGGCCCAGUACGGGCCCUCCUCCUGGUCCCAGAUCGCGCAGCACUUGCCAGGCCGGGUGGGCAAGCAGUGCCGCGAGCGCUGGCACAACCAUCUCUCGCCAGAGGUGAAGACGGAGAACUUCACCGAGGAGGAGGGGGGCCCAAGCCCCCCCUUUCCCUUUGACCGGCUGAUCCUGCAGGCGGUGGCAGAGCACGGGACGAAGUGGGCGCUGAUCGUCAAGCUCAUCCCCGGCCGGACCGACAACGCCAUCAAGAAUCGAUGGAACUCUGCGACGCGCAAG